CCGACCCAGUCACUCUGCUCUCUCAAAGGCUGAGAGCGAGCGAGAGAGCUGAAGAAGAACCAAAAAUGGAGGGAGUGGGGUCCAGAUUGGGCCGGGCCUCCUCGAGGUACGGCCAAACCGCCACCGUCUUCAGCGGCCCAGUUCGCAGGUGGAAGAAGAAGUGGGUCCACGUGCCCUCAUCAUCCUCUGUUACUUACCAGAACCCUCACUCCCAAUCCAACGGCAACAACAACAGCUCCCGCCUCCUCCUCCGCCGCUGGACCCCAAUUUCUCCGGCUACCGCCGCCGCAGAACCCCUCUCCGGCUCCGGCGCCUCGACGGAGGAGCCGCCGCGCCGGAAGUUCCGCUACACGCCCGUUGCUGUGCUAGAGGAACAGAAGAAGACAGCCAAGGGAAAGGUUGGAGAUGUGGUGAAAGCUAGUGAGGGAGGCCAAUCUAUAGCCAUGAGUACUAAGAUGCAUGAAAAUUCAGACAUUGAUCAAGUUAUGGACGAACAAGCUGAGGAAUUGGAUGAGAACCAUUCUGGCUUGCAGGAUUCAAAUGGAAGCCAUCUGGAUUUAGAUUUGGGGUUGAAAGGUCACAGUGCCAACCGUGAUUCCGUUAGCCAGAUUGAAGAUGCUCAGAUGAAAAAAGCAAGCCCGGGUAGAUUUUGGUUGGGUUGAUGCUUAGCAUUUGUGGAGACAAAAACUAGAGCUGCAUGGAAAAAGAAAAACCAGCAUCACGAAGUCAAAAUCUGGUGACCAACUGGCAGGGCCUGCUACAUGCUAGCCAUGCUAUUUUCUGUGUUAUUAUGAUACUGAUUAUGAUGUAAGUAAGUAAGCUGUAGGAUUAGUUUGUGGAUUUUCUCCUAAGUUAUAUAUUAGGGUUAGCAAGUAGUAGAGUACAUGAUUAAAUAGCACAGUGUUUCAAGUAUUCAACUGUCUGUAAAGAUUAGCCAUAUAUAGCUACUAGUAAUGUGGCACUUCAAUGUAGGGGUGACCAUUCGUGUUUUUGAGGGUUUUUUUUGAAGGGGUUAUGCAAUGGCACCAAAUUUGGAG